AUGGCAGGCCCACCAAAUAAAAAGCAAAAGAGGGAGGAUUAUAGGACUGCGAGAGAGAAUGGCGAGGAGAGUAAAGAGUUGCCAAAGAAGAAAUUUUACAGACAGAGAGCGCAUGCCAAUCCUUUCUCCGAUCAUCGUUUAGCAUAUCCUGCUUCCCCAGCCCAGAUGGAUUGGGCUUCACACUACCCCGCCUACGCAGAGUCGCCAACAGCUUCCGAAGGAAUUGAAGAAACCUCGGAAGUUUGUAAAUCUAGCAAUGUGAAGAAGAUGAAGCAAGAUGUUGAGGUUGCAGAUAUUGGUUGUGGGUUUGGUGGUUUGACGGUAGCUUUGGCUCCUAAAUUGCCAAAUUCUUUAAUUCUAGGUACGAGUGCUUUUUGUCCCAUCGAACGAAUCAAGGCUCUGAGGGUUCAAGAAAAGGAAACUGGUCUAUUUCAAAAUGCUUCAUGCAUACGAGCCAAUACCAUGAAGUUUAUGCCAAAUUUCUUCAAGAAGCACCAACUCGCCAAGAUUUUUCUUUGCUUUCCAGAUCCUCAUUUCAAGGCUCGAAAGCACAAGGCCAGAAUUGUCUCAACCACGUUAGCUGCCGAGUAUGCCUACGUUGUUCGACCAGGAGGAAUCAUAUACACUAUCACGGAUGUUGAAGAUCUCCAUAAUUGGAUGGUUACACAUUUCAAUGCGCAUCCCACCUUCGAGCGAGUUUUGGAAGAGGAACAAGAAGCAGAUGAAUGUGUCAAUAUAAUGAGAACGGAGACUGAGGAGGGAAAGAAAGUAACCAGGAAUAAUGGACCAAAAUUCGUUGCUUUAUUCAAGCGUUUGGAGGAUCCUCCUUGGUAA